CUGUGAGUGGGCAUGAAGGACUGUGAGUUGGCAUGAAGGACUUUGAGUGAUCAUGAAGGACUUUGAGCUCCAGGCUCCAGCCUCGAUACCAUUCAUUGGUUUCCUGUUACAGGCGCGAGAGGUUGGGAGCACGUCUCCUGUGGGCUCCUUCGACCUGACAGCAGGGUCCGCUCAGCAGCUCACCUGCAGCGGGAAACUUAACUCGGCUGUCUCCCACAGAUCAGAGUCCAUGAAGACCUCUAUUCAGGCCACAUGGAGACCCGAAGACUCAGCUUCUGAGAAACCUGUUCAAUUCUGUGCUUCUGUGGUGCAGAAUUACAAGACAUUCUGGGUUGAUGUUAGAAGUCCUCUGCUGACCUUCAACAACGACAGUACUGGUGUUUCUUCUUCAAAUCCUCCAACUACACCGUUAAAAACCAGUCCCACCACAGUGAAAACUACAGUACAUCCAGCUGCAUCACCUGCUGUCUCCAUCAGUGACUGCGAUGUCACCAAGGUGUGUUUCAGUCAGCCAUCAAACUGUGACCCUUCAGUCAGCACUGACUGUUAUUUCAUGUCAGCCAGAGUGUUGUUUCCCAGUGAAGGAGCCGUACGCUAUGAGAUGACCGGUCCCUCGGAGGGGUACAUCGCCUUUGGAUUCUCGGAUGAUCAGAUCAUGGGGAACGAUGACAUUUAUAUCUGUGGCACAGGAAGCGAUGGUCUCGUGCAGCUGCAGCAUGCUUUUUCAACAGGAAGAACCGCUCCACAAACUCUCCCUCUGGGGAAUGUGUCUGAUGUUAGAGCGUCAGUACAAGGCGGGGUGAUCAGCUGUUCUUUCACCUCCAUGAACACUCUGUCUACUGUGAGGACCACAGGGCUCAACAAAUCCUACCAUCUCAUGUUUGCCUAUGGACCCAGUAACAAUGGUCAAAUCCAGUUCCAUAGAAACACCUUCAUCAGUGCAGAGAAGAUCAACAUAUCUCUGCCUGAGCGUGUCAGAAAAGCAGGAUGGCCUGAUAUCAUCAAAGCACAUGGUGCUCUGAUGCUGAUAGCGUGGAUGACCAUGGGGUCGAUGGGGAUGGUGGUGGCCAGAUAUCGAACUAGGUUUGCCAAUGCAAAGAAGCUGUGGGGCAAAGAUGUCUGGUUUCUGGUCCAUGUUCCGAUGAUGAGUGUGACGGUAGCAACCACGGUCAUCGCCUUCAUCCUCCCCUUCUCAUACGUGAAGGCCUGGUCUGGGGGGGCUCAUCCUGUGUUAGGCUGCCUGGUUCUGAUCCUCUCCUUCAUUCAGACCGUGAUGGCUCUGCUGCGCUGUGGACCUCAACAUCCACUGAGGUUUCUGUUCAACUGGACUCAUGCUCUGAACGGACUGGGGAUCAAAGCUUUGGCUGUGGCAGCUAUACUGACCGGCUUGAAGUUGAUUGACGGCUCUCUGGACCAAUGGCUGAUGAAAACAAUGGGCGGGUUUGUUGGCUGGGAAGUUUUGUUCUACAUCCUGCUCAACGUUUCAUUAAAGACAAAGGUUCACAGAAAAGAUGCUUUGGUGUCAAAGAUGGUAACAGCUGACUUCCUGAUACUUUCUCUGUUCCUCUUGGGGAACUUGACAUUUUUGGUGGCACUGCUGGUUGGAAUCGGAAAGUCAUAAGAGAGUCAUGGUGGAGCGAAGACGCCCCAGUCAGGGAUUUGUAAACUCAUGUCCUUUUUACAUUUUACUUUGUAUUUUUUGUAUAAAAAUGCAGUUUUGAAAUGCAGUGCUGGAACAUAUGUAAUGUCUAUAUGUAUGCAUCAAAAAUAAAUGUAAAUGCAGCCUGGA